AAAAAAUAAAUAAAUAAAUUCCCAUCCAAAGUAUUAAUGUUAUUUCGUACGCCAUGAAUCCCUUUGAAAACAUCGUCCCAUUUAACCCUCAACUAUAUGAAAGUGGCAAUGUUCCUCCAUCAACAGACCGUCUAUUCUCGUACAGUGGCUACACUGCUGGUUUGAUAACAGGGAUGCAUCAAAAUGUCGGCCCCUCCGCACCACCACCACCACAACCACCACAACCUAUGUUUCAUGGCAUGCCGCCUCGACAAAAUAUGCCUGUAUCUGUUCCAGUACCAGUUCCUAUUCCAGGACCUAUUUCACUUCCAGAGGCCACUGGGCCAACGAAUCCUAAUGAAGUUGGUGCUCGCUACUCUAGCAUGUAUGCAAGCACCGGUUUUGACAUGCUUUCCAUCCUUGCCCGUGUUGCAAACAGGCCAAAUCCACAGAUCAACUUGGGACCUGUCGAUUUAUCCUGUUCUUUUGUUGUAGUAGAUGCUCACCAGUAUGACGCACCAAUCGUCUAUGCUUCUCCUACUUUUGAAAAAUUGACUGGGUAUACCCCAAGUGAAGUGGUUGGACGUAACUGUAGAUUCUUACAGGCUCCGGACGGAAGAGUUGCCCUAGGUUCUCGUCGCAAAUACACAGACAACACAGCAGUUUGUCACAUCAAGACUCAUAUUUCUCAAGGAAAGGAAUCCCAGGCAAGCUUAAUCAAUUAUCGUAAGACAGGCCAGCCUUUUGUAAACCUUUUGACGGUCAUUCCGGUUGCGUGGGAAUCAGACGAAAUCGAUUACUUUGUUGGACUUCAGGUUGAUUUGGUAGAGCAGCCAAAUUUAAUAUUUGAUAGCAUGAAGGACGGUACAUAUAUGGUGAACUAUCGUAGUCUUGUCAUACCUCAGUCACUUCAACCCAAUAACCCAAUGAAUCAAAUCGAAAAUCCUUCCGAAGUAGUUCAGGAAUGGGUCAGACCUCCUUCACCAAAACCGGUCGCACCAACUAUUCCAAACGAAGCACUCAUGGAUGUAGAGACCUUGAUCAAGGAAGCAAGUACAGACGAAGGCAAAUCGAGAAGAUGUUGGCAUGAGCUGCUACUUGACCAAAGUCCGGAUUUCAUCCACGUUCUUACUGUCAAGGGAAUCUUCCUCUAUUGCUCCGAGGCAACCAGACCUCUACUCGAGUACGAUCCCAAUGAGCUGGUCGGCAAAUCUCUCAAGGAAAUCUGUCACCCCUCUGACAUAACCACUGUGAUGCGCGAACUGAAGCAAUCUUCGAGUGACGCAAGUGAGCCGGUAAACCUUAUAUACCGUGUCAAACGAAAGAACUCGGGUUACAUGUGGAUCGAGUGCUAUGGUAAAUUGCGGAACGAAGACGGAAGGGGCCGUAAAUACGUAGUGCUUUCAGGAAGAGAGCGCCCAGUCUAUCAAUUCCCUCGCAACUUCCUUUCGCUCAAGAAAAGAGUCCAGCCCUUUGACCAGCAGCAACAACAGAACAGUGGAGCCAUGAGCAGUGGUACAGAUGACCACGAAUUCUGGGGUAAACUUAGUCUGGACGGACUGUUGCUUUAUGCGAGUUGGACGUGUGCAAACAUUCUUGGACUACCACCUUCUCAGGUUAUCGGGACGUCGUUGUAUCAGCUGAUGAGAAGCAACCGAACCACAGACCUGACUCGUGCGUUGGCAGAGGUCAAAGAAGGAAAGAUUGUCUAUCUCAGACAUGCGCUCGUGAACAACACUGGAGACGAAAUCAUGGUCGUUUCUUCGUUUUACCCUGACGGAAUGUCUUCUCUUCAAGAUCAGCCUUCAUUUGUGCUAAUGCAGACAAAGGUGAUCUUUGAUGACAUGGUGCCCGUAGACGAGCCUGCGUUUAUCUCGACAGACCCAGAUGUGAAGAAGAAGGGCCGGGCUGAUGCAGUGCCUGUUCUGGGAGACAAUGCUGAUAGCACUACAACCACAACCACCGCAACCACCACCACUACUACUACUAUUGCUGCUGCCCGCGCUCAAAGACAGCCUUUUAUGUGUGUUGGCGAGAAAGUCAUAGAGGAGCUGGAUAUUCAACGUGACGCUAACUGGCAAUACGAACUUCACCAAUUGCGCAUCAAUAACAAGAAACUCCGUGAUGAACUUGGCCUAUUGUUAACAAAAGCCAAAAAGAAGAGUGUGGAACCUAUGGACAAGAUCUGCAGUACAUGUUUACGCAGAUUGCCAGGCUCAACUGAAUUGCUUGGAAAUAACUUGGAUACUCCCGUAUUUUGCAAUACUUGUACUAUGCGGCGCUUGUAG